AAACUUUUUGCUCAACGCCAAUAAAUCACAAAUGCCACCGUACUGACAUGUGUCACUCGAUUCGACAUUUUGACCGCUUUAUUUUUGUACGCAGCAUUGAUUUUCUUAUUAAUUUAUUUUCGAAUAUUUAUCCAAUAUGACCUCCUCUGCCGCGGAACGGCGUUACGAAUCUAUGCUCUUCAACUACGAAACUACUGGGAGGACCGAUUUCCGCGAUGGGAGGAUCAAGCCGAUCAUAACAACUGAGUACAAGCCCAAGUCUACCUGCCUGAGGGUGCGCCCUCCUCCGUUGAAGGAUAUACAUGCACUGACGGACUGGCGAGUGCCGAAUGUGCCGUUCAACCUCAUGCAUAAGCCUAAGGACGUUGUGAGGACAAAUCCUCGAGUGGUUCAAGAGCCCUAUGUAAAAACACCACUAGAUACAGCAAAAACUUACAUUUUGUGCUUGCUGCGCGAAUGGUUUUACUUUCAGCACGAGCCCGAAGACGAGAUUCGCGAAGAAGUGCAACGCACGCGGCCUCGGCUGGUGAUGACGCCUGCAGUCAGUCUGGAUGACAUAGAGCCGGUGACUCGCAAGAUGCUAGUGGAAGACAUAUACGUCACGAGCGUCAUGCAAAUGAUGCGCGAGUCGGGAGUGUCCGAAGGCUCCAGCCUCCGCGCGCCCUUGCCAAAACUACCUGCACCUGCUAACCCGAUAACCCUGCCAAAACUGAUGCCACAAUACGUAUCUCCCGAGUGGCGAAUGGACUCGGCAGCGUGGGACAACCGCCAGCUGCGUACCUACUGCGACCCCACCAAGGAGUUCUGGCUGGCUUUCCAGUCCAAAUGUGACGUAUGCGACGAAACGGCGGAGCGCGAGGCCCAAAGGAAAAUGCGGAGGCUAGCAAAACGACGAUAACGUAACCACAGCUUUAUUGUCUAACAAACAUACAGAAGCUUAAAACAAUACUAAACUUACGUCUAUAGUUAUACAGUCCAAGGUUCAAACUUUCGAAAAAUCUUUAGAUAUUUAUUUUAACAUUUUAGAUUAUUUUAUUUCAUAAUAAAUUGUUAAGCUUAUUUGUAACAUAUCGUUUUAUUAUGCUUAAAAAAUAAACUGUUUUAAUAAUGGUAACAUUAGCACAGAUAAUGAGAUCUUGUUUGGAAAAAUAACGGUACAUAUUUUGUUUGUAAAAAAAGCACUGGGUUAUAAUAAUGUCUUUUAAUUUCUUCAACUACAUAUUCAAAUUCAUAAUAAUAAUAAAUUUCAUCUAAUUUCUACCAAUAUACAAUA